AUGUCACGGUUCUCGGAAGAUAGAACGCUCGUCGACAGCUUCGAGACCCUGACCCGCAUCCCUUCACCAGACAUCUCGGCGCAUCCAGCGUCCUCUGUCAAAGGCAAGGCGAAGGCAACCGUCGCUGAUGACCGACCGAACUUGAUCACCACAUCUUCACCUGUCCAAAUUCGCAGCUGGGCGGAGGACCGAGCGAGGAUUGAUGCAGAGUUCAGACGACGACCAGGAUUCGAUCCCUAUCGCAACUACGAUCGUGUCCGUGCUGAUUUCAUCCCGGCGCCGGUUGAAGGAAGGAAUGCUUUCGCGGCAAGUGCAAUCAAUCUCGGCAUGAACGAGUCUUUCAGAUCCCGCCCACUGAUCACUGAACCCCCCAAAAGCCCCUUCAUCGCAACCCGGAGAGGAAUUAGACGUCGAUCCAAGCGAAAGAGUGAUGACUCCGACCAGACUGUUCUGAAGAUGAGAGCCAGCAUCUCCCAACUCAACAUCGAUCACAAAGGCUGGGCUGACACCGAAACGACCACUGGCCGUAACGCGUCUUCGAUUUCAAUCUUUCGACCAAAAACUCCUAGCAAAGGUUUCAAAACUUCGCCCACUCCUGUCUCAGAGACAGUCGACACCAAGAAGUCCGGCCUGCGCAAGGUCACUGGUCUGUUCAAACAGAAGUCCGAAAAAAGCCUCGAUACGACGCCACUUCCUGCCCCUGUUCUUUCUAGCACUCCUGAAGAAAGCGUUGUCAAUCUGCCUGCAUACAGACUCAACACUGAAAAGCACCUCCGUGCCACACUGAAUUGCCCUACCUACGACUAUUCCGAGACGGACCCAUUGCCACGUCAUCCAAAUACUGCUCGAGGCUGGAAAUCUCGCAACUUGAAAUGCACCACAUGCGUGGAUGUAUGCUGCGCUCUCUGCGGCCGAGCUUGCUGUGCUUACAAGGCUGCGUACUUGGCCAUGAAGACACACAAAGACAAUCCAGAGUCGUUGGCCCGCGCUCAAGAGAUACUAGGCAACAUCAGCAUACUUUUUCCAUACGGACAGGAGGCUCCAACUUUCUUGAGAUGCAGCAAUGGUGCCCCAGAUGACAAAUUUGGAUGUGGAAAGAUGAUUUGCCCUGACUGCUGCGGCCAAUGCCCGAAUCCUUGCUGCGCCGAUAUUCAGUGCAAGAGAUGCAAGAAGCACCCGUUUCUUGAAUGCAUCUGGCAUGAUGAGAAUGUGGCCACACUCUCUUUCAAGUAA